UUCGGUUUUCAUCAUAGCAAGACCUGAAACUUUCUCUGCAAGUGUUUUAUUGUUCAUCAUCUUCGUCUUGAAAGUGUAGGACACGAAGCACAAUGUCUAAUCAGUUCACGAGAUUUUUCAUUUUUCUCUCUCUUUUAGCCUUUGCUCGUUCCACUAAUUGCGGUCCUCUCUCCCCACACUUUUAUGACCAUGGUUGCCCUAAAGCUCAAGAGAUCGUAAAGUCCAUUGUGGCCAAGGCUGUGGCCAAAGAAGCUCGCAUGGCAGCUUCAUUGCUUAGGCUUCAUUUCCACGAUUGCUUUGUCCAGGGCUGCGAUGCAUCUCUGCUGUUAGACAGCAGCGGAAGGAUAGUCAGUGAGAAAGGGUCGAAUCCUAACCGGAGGUCCAUACGAGGGCUUGAAGUCAUAGACCAGAUUAAAUCUGCAUUGGAGAAAGCGUGCCCUCGUACUGUAUCUUGUGCUGACAUUCUGGCUCUUGUUGCUAGAGACUCCACUGUUCUAGCCGGUGGACCCAGCUGGGUGGUUCCUUUAGGAAGAAGAGACUCCAGAAGUGCAAGCUUGAGCGGCUCCAAUAACGACAUUCCUGCUCCAAACAACACUUUCCAGACCAUUCUCACCAAGUUCAAGAGACAAGGGCUCAACAUUGUUGAUCUUGUUACUCUAGUUGGGAGUCACACAAUCGGAAAUUCCCGAUGCACCAGCUUCAGACAGAGACUGUACAACCAGUCAGGCAAUGGGCAGGCGGAUAACACACUGGAUCCAUCCUAUGCUGCUCAACUGAGAAAAAGAUGCCCAAGAUCCGGUGGUGACCAGAACCUGUUUUUCUUGGAUUUUGUUAGCCCCACCAAGUUUGAUAACAGCUACUACAAAAACCUGUUGGCUUUCAAAGGCCUGUUGAACUCUGACCAAGUUCUCCUGACAAAGAGCGAAGCAUCCAUGAAACUGGUUAAGCAAUACGCAGAGAACGGUAAGCUUUUCUUGGAGCAGUUCCCCCGGUCCAUGAUUAAGAUGGGAAAUAUUUCUCCAUUGACAGGAACUUCAAGGGGAGAGAUUAGAAAGAACUGCAGGAAGAUUAACUCCUGAUUUUUACUUAUUAAUAUAAUAACUGCACUACUUCCGUUAUAUUGAGAAGAACUCAAAAUUGUGUACCUUGAGCUUCUUUGUUAAUUUCUUCUAUAUGGGCAUCGAUCCAGUCGGUUGUUGCCUGAUUUGUGUAUUUGUGGACUUUUAACUAAUUUGCGAAAUAAUAUAUUACUUACUGUCGUAAA